UGUUUCUUCAUCAACUGUAACGGAGUCGGAGCUCACUUUGUUCAUGCGGCUGCGGAUGGUGUCAGGGUAGCCGAUAUUCUUGACCCUGUUUACAUUCCUAAUGACAUUGUGCACAACUUCUUUUCCAUGAACUUGGUUGGAAACUAUGAAGGGAUUUCGAAACCAUUGCUUGUGGCUCAAGUCACUGAGCUUGUUGAUGGCAUCUUUAUCGGAUGCAGCAUAAACCACGCGGUUAUAGACGGUACCUCUUUCUGGCAUUUCUUCAAUACUUGGUCUGAGAUCUCUCGUUCUGGCUCUGUUCAUGAUAAUGUAGCUUCUCAAAUUAGUACUAGUAACUCUCCUGUUUUCGGUCGUCGAUUUCUUGAUGGUCUAAUUGAUCUCCCAGUCCAGAUUCCUUUCUCCCAGAUUCAAAUCCAGGAGAAGCUAGUUCCGCAUACCACCUCUUCUUCCAAUUACAUACAAAGGAUGUUUCACUUUCCCAAAGAAAAAGUCGCGGGGCUCAAAGCAAAGGCCAAUGCUGAGAUGAGCAUCAAUAGCAUCUCCUCACUUCAGGCACUCAUGGCGCAUCUGUGGCGAGCCACCAUACGUAGCACCAGGCAUGAUAUGACUACCGAUCAAGAGAUCAUUUACAGAGUUGCAGUAGGACUGAGGCAGAGAAUGGAUCCACCACUGCCGGAAAAAUACUCUGGGAAUGCGCUUCUUACAGUCCCUGUGAAGUCCACUGUAGCUGAUCUACUACACCACGGACUAGGGUGGGUGGCAUUGCAGAUAAACAAGGCUAUUUCUUCCAUUACAGCUGAAGAAACUAAGAAGUACCUGGAAGAUUGGGUGAAAUGUCCUACAUUUUCCUCGAAUACGAGGGGUGUUUCAACUGCAAUCUGGUCUAGUACUAGUUUGCUGACAGGAAGCUCGCCACGGUUCAAUGUGUAUGGCAAUGAUUUCGGGUGGGGGAGACCGCUCGCUGUGAGAAGCGGAGCUGCGAACAAGAACCCUGGGAAGUUAACGGUGUUUCCUGGUGCCGAAGAAGGAAGUGUUGACUUUCAAGUUUGCCUUUUGCCGGGGACUCUAGAAUCUAUUGGGGAUGAUGCAGAGUUCAUGGAAGCCGUGCAACCCGUGCUCACAUGAAUAGUAAUGAAAAUUAUACAGCGCACCCGGGUGUAUCCACCGUCGAUUUUGACCCGCGAAAAAAAAAAAAAAAAAAAUUAUUGACGGUUGAGAUGACGGGUGCGCGGAAUAGGUUCCUGAAUAGUAAU